GCGGUGAUGUUGGGGGGUCGCGGAGCCGCCAUGAGCCGUGAGGAGCUGACGUACCUGGCUGUGCUGCUCGGCUCCAUCCCCGUGGGAUUCCUCAUCAAGGAUCGAGGUCCGCGCUGGCGCCAGUUUGGGGGGGCGGCGGUGGGGGCGGGGCUGGCGGCGCUCACCUGCGGCUGCCACGCCCUGCACUCGCUGGGCACCGUGCUGGGCACCUGGGCCAUCCUCACCUGCCUGCCCAGGCAUUCCGGGGGGGCCAGCCUGGCCUGGACCUUCGGGUACCUCCUGUUCUUCCGGACCCCCUGGGUCUGGGGGCUGCCCGAGCCCCCUCCCUACGCCAACGCCCUGCAGCUCCUCAUCACCCUCAAGAUGGUCAGCAUGGCCAGUGACGUACAAGAGCUGCGGGAGGCGGGGCGAAAGGAAGUGACGUCACUGGAGACGCGCCUGAUGAUUGGCUCGCUGCGACGCGUGCCCAGUUUGAUUGACAUCCUGUGCUACAGCUACUGCUACCUGGGGCUGCUGACAGGUCCCUUUUACCGCCUGGGAACUCACCUGGAUUGGGUUUGGGGAUUCCCGACGUCUCCAACGUUACCCAAGGUGUUGUCCCACCUCCGUUGGGCGCCCGUACUGGGCAUACUGGGGAUACUGGUGAGCAGGGCGUGGCCGGCAGAGCAGGUGAUGACGCCGGAGUUUUUGGCGAGGCCGUGGUUGGCCAGGUUGGCUCAGAUGGUGCCGGUGUUCCUGGCUUUGAGGAUGAGACUCUACGUGGGUUGGAUCUGCGCCGAGGGAGGGUUCGUGGCCGCGGGUUUGGGCCUCUACCCCAAAAACGCCAGGGCCGAACCGGGACGGGGACCCACGGCCGAGUGGGAGAGACCCGAAAAGUGUGCUCACCUGCCCGCGGAGCUCUGGGAUUUCCAGUCCAUCCGCACCGUGGAUCCCUGGGGCACGGAGCUCGGCCGACGCUUCCGGGGGGGUUUGAGGCGCUGGAACAUGACGGUGCAGUGGUGGCUGGCGGCGUACGUGCACAGGAGGGGACCCCGCCAGUACCCCCUGCUCAGGAACGCCUGGACCAUGUUAGUCUCAGCUUACUGGCACGGCUUACACGGAGGGCAGCACUUGGCUUUCCUCACCGUGCCCCUCUGGCUGGCGGCCGAGGCGGCGGCCGAGGCGGCUCUGGGGAAAUAUUUCGGCGUUCCCUUGGAUCAGCUGGGAGGAUGGAAAGGUUUUUUGCUGAGGGGAGGGCAAUGGUUCCUCAAAAUGAGGGCGUUCGAGUACCUGAGCAUGGGGUUUGUGCUCCGAGGGGCCGCUGCUACGCUGAGAUUUUGGGCCUCGGUUCAUUUUUGCCUCCAUGUUCUGCCUCUCCUCAUCCUGCUGGCGGCGGCUGCGGGUGGGAAAAUGGCGGCGAAAGGGCGGGAAAAGAGGCGGGGAAAAGGGCGUGAGGGAGAGGAGGAGGAGGAGGAGGAGGAAGAAGAAGAGGGAAGGGGGGAUGCGCAGGUGAGGAGGGGAGAACCCCGUCAGGGAGGGAAUCCCAAAAUUCAAGAGGGUUCGGUGGAUCUUAAAAUUCAAGGAGGGAGAGACCCCCUGAACGCUGAAUUUCAGAAAGGUGGGGAUGCCCUGAACCCCGAAAUUCAGGAAGGGUGGGAUCUCCUAAAUCCUAAAAUUCCAGAGGGGGGAGGUUCUCUAAAUCCUAAAUUUCAGGAGGGAUGGGAUGCCCUGAAGCCCAAAAUAGAGGCCAGGGAGGAACCCCUGGCCACCAAAUCCCAGGAGCUGAGGAAGAGGAUAGACCCCAAUAGUCAGAAUUUGGGGUGACCCCAAACUUUGGGGUGAGGAGGAGGAGGAGGAGGAGGAAGGACCCCAAAACUCAGGUCAGGGGGAGAGACCCCAAUGGAAAAUGGGAAGAAACUCCCUGAACCCCAAA